AUGAUCACAUCAACUUUAUUAGUAUGUGCAAUAAUACUAUUCCUAAUAGGUGUUUGGAAUAGAAACUUUGCAAGAAAGAACUCACCACCAGGACCAUUCAAAUGGCCAAUUGUUGGUAACUUUUUAAUGAUGAAAGGAAAAGCACCACAUCUGUUUGCAAAGGAUUUGUAUUUAAAGUAUGGACCUGUUGUUAGAAUACAGAUUGGUGAUUGUUCAUCUGUAUUUUUGACGGAAUAUGAUACCAUCAAAGAGGCAUUUGUUGACAAACCAGAGAUAUUCGCACCUCGUUUCCCAAGGGCUAGUAGAGAAAAGGCAUUCAGAGGUAUGAGUAUUAUUGCAACGAGUGGAGAGUUUCACAAAAAGGCAAGAGGUAUUGCAUCGUCACAUAUCACUCAAUCAAGAUUCAAGAAAUUGGAAGAAGACAUUUCACACGAAAUUGAAUUACUUUGUGAUGCGCUAAAGGAAACUUCAAAUGGUGGAACACUCAUCGACCCACAUAAAUACAUUAAAUCGUGUGCUCUAAACAUAAUAUUUAAAUUCCUCUUUGGUAAAAGUAUUAGAUGUGACUAUGGUGAUAAUAGUACAAAUCAAUUGGUUGUUGAAAUCAAUCAAGUCGUUCAAAUUGCUGCUAGACCAUUCCUUCAAGAUUUCUUUCCUUAUUUAACUAAAUUAUUAGAUGGAAGACCAAAAGUAUUUUUUGAAAGAUUUGAAUCAUUACAUGAAUAUACAAUGUCAAUUGUAAAUGAAAGACUUAAAGUGUAUGAUGGAUCAACUGAACCAACCGACUUGUUAGAAGAGUACAUUGUUAGAUACAAAAAGGGUGAAAUUGAAUUAGAUGCUAUUGGAUUCAUUAUGAUUGAUCUGAUUUUGGCUGGUACAGAUACAUCGGCCAAUACAAUAUUAUUUACUAUAUCGGCGUUAUGUGAUAAUCCAGAUAUUCAAGAAAAGUUAUUUUCAGAAUUGAAUGGUGUCAUUGGUGAUAGAUUGCCACACAUGACUGAUAAAUCAGCUCUGCCAUACACCAAUGCUGUCAUCAAGGAAUCACUUAGACGUUUUUCUGUGGCACCACUUGGAUUGACACAUGUUGCAACGGAAGACACCGAAAUUAGAGGAUACACUAUUCGUAAAGGUGAUCAAAUCAUUCAAAACCUUUAUGCAACUGGAUUGUCACCAAAGGAAUGGAACAACCCAGAAGAAUAUGACCCAUCAAGAUUCCUAAACAAUGAUUCCACAAAAUAUAAAACUGUAUUUGGAUGUGGUCCAAGAGUAUGCUUAGGAAUGUCUCUGGCCGAGAGUGAAUUGUUUUUAAUCAUUUCAACUAUAUUCAAAACCUUCAAAUUCAAAAGUGAUAAACGAAUUGGAACUGACACUAUUUUUGGUGUAACUCUAUCACCAGUUGCUUAUCAAGUCUCUGUAGAUACAAGAUAG